AUGAACAAGCUUGCUAUGGAAGGAACUAAAGAGCAGAAUAUUGUGGAAGAUUUAAUGGCAGAAAAGCGGGCUAUUUUGGAAGAGCUGGCUCAGUGUAAAGCUGAUAAAGACUUUGUUUGGAAUCUGUGGCGGAGAUUACAAUCUGCUCAACCCGAUGUUACUUCGGUCGUUAGCAUGGUAGUCGCUCGAGAAAAAGAGAAAGGCGAGGAGAAAGAUAAAAAGGUUUUGGAAAUCUUGCAGGUGAAGGAUGAAAAGAUCAAGGAAUUAAAAGAGAGGAUAUUAGCGGCGGAGGAUGAGUCUCAUUACAGUAAAACACGCUACCACGACCUGUUGAUUGAAAACGAGGAACUCAAGCAAAAAUUAGAUGAGAUACAGAGCGAGUUCUCGGCAAAAGAGAAAGAACUACGCGAAGAAAAUGGCUAUUUGUCCAGUUUGCUUACAGCUCAUCAGGCGCAGAAGGAGGUGGAUGAUCAAACCGUUAAAGAAAAUCUGGAUAAGAUAACAGAGGAGAAAAAUCAGCUGAAGUUAAGAAUAGUAAGUUUGGAGAAACAAGUUAGUGAUUUCAGUGAACAGAAGUUAAACAUGGCUUCGGCGAUCGAAGCGAACGCAACUUUAGAGGAAAAGAUUAGAUCAUUACAAAAUGAGGUCAAUGAGUUAACAUUAAAAAGCGCUGAAGUUGCAAAGAAUUGCGACGAGGCUGAAUUAAAGUUAAAUGAGAAACAAAACGUGGUCAAAGAGCAAUUAGAGUCAUUACAAGAACAGUCUGAAAAAAUUACAGAACUUGAAAGUGAUUUACUGGCAAUGAAAAGUGAACUUGAACAGGCGAAGGACAGUUACAAACAGGCUGUUAGUCAUAUAACGGAGCAAGAAAACGUUAUCAAACGUCUGGAAGAACUUCAGGCAAAUAAUCAGAGAGAUCUCAUCGACCGCGAGAAAGAAUAUCGCAAAGGACUUGCUUCUCUGCAGAAGUCUGUGGCCGACCUUCAAGCACGUUGCUCAGUUUAUCAGGAAAAGGAAACCAAGUCACUGCAAGAGACCGAGAGGCUGAGAGAAUCUUCAGCCAAGUUAACAGAAGACCUUAGAGUCAAAGAGUUGAUUAUUGAGGAACUAAAGGACGCUGUCAGAGGUGGCGUUCGUUCGGAAGAAGUUUCGAAACGCGAAGACAGAUUAAAUGAAUCAAGCGAGCGUGACCACAGGGUGCCUCAGAGAGAUAUCAAGAGAACACAAGAUUCCUUUUCUCGAAAAGGGCUAAAAUCGAAAAGCGCGGAACAACGACCAACGGACGGCUCGGAUGAAAGUAUCGAGGAACUGAGAUCGGAAAUCGCAAUGACGAAUCAAGAUACGGAGAGAAAACUGAAAAAAAUAACAGCUCUUGAUGAGCUUGAGAACCGGCUAAGUGAAAACAGGAAGCUUAUAGAUGAACUGAAAAAGCUUCUGGAGCUCAAAGAAGCGGAACUUGUAGAAACUAGACGCGCUCAUUCGCAAAGGCAACAGCGCUACAGAAUGUUGAAAGAAAAUUACCAACUUGUGCUAGAACAGAUUAAGACUUAUGAGGCUUCAAACGCUGAUCGAACCGGAAGUGAUUCUCAACUUCCGGAAAGACCGGAAGAGCGAGAACUGCGACAUUUGGAUAGUGACCAAGUCUGGAAAGAGUUGGCUUAUUAUAAACACGAGUACGAGGCUCUGGCGAAAGAAAGGCAUGAUGUUUUGGAAGAGGUGGAUGUUCUUAGAGUCCAGCAUGCUAAUGAUCUGGCGAAUGUCCAGGAGCUCCGUGUUCAAAUUAGCGAAGAGAAAGAGGAGAACUCUUCGCUGCGUAGCAAGAUGGCGGCGGGAGAGGAAGCCUUUGACGCGCUCCGUCUUGAAGUGGAAAAGCAUGAAGACCAGUUGCAGAGUUGGCAGGAAAAGGCUCUCCAAGGACAAUCGUUGAGUAGCGACCUUGAGGAACAAAAUCAGUUUCUGAGGCUCGAAAUAAAGGCGUUACAAGAAAAAAAUCAAACACUCACUGAAGAAUUCAGUGGGUUAGCAGAUGAGUUUGAGACUCUAAAUAGACGUUAUAAUGAGCUGUCAAACAAAGCGGAGACGAGCAAAGUUACAGAAAAACAAAAUGUCGUUGGUAACAAAGAACUGGCCUCUCAAACUGUUAACACAGAUUCUGAAAUUGUUAAGCAGCAUGUUGAAUCGCUAAGUAGUUAUGAUGAACAAGUAAGGCGUAUCGCUGACAGAAUCUUACGUAGCCCUCCAAAAGACGCUGAAGAAAUACGAGCCACGCAAAGUGUGAAUGUCACGCAAGGAAUCGGUGUCACGCAAGGCACGCAGACAGAUGACUUCCCUCGUUUUGUCGAUUCAAGUGUUAAUGUGAAUUUAGACGCCGAUGAAGUCUUAUCAACGGACGAGGAGGACACCAUUGCUUUUAAAAGCAGUGUAAAGAAGGGUAAGGUGCCUGUUCGUAGGCAGGAAACUCCGCAGCCUAAAAAGGUGGCGAAGAAAACGCCGCGAAGAAACGAAUGGGCAAGCAUGAAGCAGCGAAUUCUAAGCUUGACGCAAGAAGUUUCAGCACUUCGGCAGUCGAAAGAUAAAGCUGUUAAGUCGCUGAAUCUGCAGAGGAACGAUUUCGAGAGCUUGCAAACGGAGUACAAUUCCUUGCUGUCUAAACUACAACUUAGCAGGAACUCGGUGCAGCAUUUGACUGACAACUUGAAGAUGUGCGAGCGAAAGAACGAACGUUUGGUAGCAGAGUUGAAGGAGCAAAAAGAAGAAGAUGUGAGACCGACUGCACUCUCGAUUGCAGAGUGGAAGCGCUUAGAAGAAGAACUGCGAUUGGCCACAAUGGAGUGUAUUCGGUUGGCAAGCAUUGUCAGAACGCUAGGGGGCGAGAAUGAACAGCUCAGAGCAAGGCUGAAGGAAUUACAAGACAAUAAUUCAAGGCUUGAGCACGCUGUUACUCAGAAGAAGACACUCCUCGAUGAAAUGAAAACCAAGAUGAAACUCGUGGAAGAAAAAGCCAAGCAAGACUCAGACACGGCAAAGAAUGUGGAAGAGAAGUAUUAUCAGCUUAAAGAAAGGGAGAAAACUAACAAACUACGAAUUGAAACUCUUGAGCACCGACUGGAUGGGGAGAUGAGGGACAAACAGAAAUUUCGUCAAGAACUGAUGAACUGCCAGGAGGAGCUUAAGAAAAAGACUCAACAGUUAACAAGGUAG